AUGGAGGCGUCGACUGGAGCUCAUGGACUCUCAGCAGGAAGCUGCAUCCUGACCUCUAACCCUCUCCCUCUCGUCCUGCAGCAGGAGCUGGUGGACUCUCUCAGCAGGAAGCUGCAGCAGGAGCUGGUGGACUCUCUCAGCAGGAAGCUGCAGGUGCUGCGUGAGGCCAGAGAGAGUCUCCAGGAGGACGUCCAUGAUAACAACGCCCUAGGAGAGGAGGUGGAGGCCACGGUGCAGCAGGUCUGUACGCCAAACCAGCUGGACAAGUUCAGGAUGUUCAUAGGAGACCUGGACAAGGUGGUCAGCCUGCUGCUGUCCCUGUCCGGACGCCUGGCCAGAGUGGAGAACGCCCUCAACAGCCUGGAGGAGGGUACAUCACCUGAGGAGAGGAGAACCCUGACAGACAAGAGGAAGCUGUUGAUCCAGCAGCAUGAGGAUGCCAAGGAGCUGAAGGAGAACCUGGACCGCCGGGAGAGAGUGGUCUACAACAUCCUGGCCUCCUACCUCCCAGAGGAGAGCCUGACCGACUACCAACACUUUGUCAAGAUGAAGUCUGCCCUCAUUAUUGAGCAGCGCAAACUAGAGGACAAGAUUAAACUGGGAGAGGAGCAGCUCAAGUGUCUAAUGGACAGCCUGCCGCUAGAGCAGMGGAUGAGCCUGUAACCCCUGACCCCUGGAUCAGAGAAUGGCCCUGUGAGGGCGACACUGGGAUCCAAACGCACAUGACUUCUCAAACUGUGUAUAAUGGACCUGACCACUCUGGCCUCACUGCAGUGGAACCCCAUGGCCACUAAGGGGCAGCAGAGAUUAGCAGAGAGGAGCAGCAGUACCCCACUAGAUGGCAGCAAAGAGCAGAGCUCCAGACUGGAGGGGUUGUAAUGUUUAGCUGUAUCUCAACACUGAUCUGAGUCUAAUGGAGCCCUACCAGAACACAUGGCAGAUCAUAUAUAUACACAAAAAAAAGUUAAAUAAAGGUUAAAUAAAUAAACAAAUUAAAAUAAACGCAACAUGAAACAA